AUGGCGCUGCGAGUGGCGCAGAGCGUGCGGGCCGCGGUCUGCAGCCUGCGCGCCGUCUCUGCGCCCAACGCGCCCUGCCCGCCGCGGCCCAGGGGACUUCGGGCGGGCGCCGUCCGGGCGCUGUGCACCGGCCCCGUUCUGCCGUCGGGUCGUAAAUUCACAGACAAACAGGAAUGGGUAACAACAGAAAACGGUGUUGGAACAGUGGGAAUCAGCAAUUUGGCACAGGAAGCUUUGGGAGAUGUUGUUUGCUGUAGUCUGCCUGAAGUUGGGACAAAAUUGAACAAACAAGAGGAAUUUGGUGCUUUGGAAAGUGUAAAAGCUGCUAGUGAACUCUAUUCUCCUCUGUCAGGAGAAGUAACUGAAAUUAAUGAAGCUCUAGCAGAAAAUCCAGGACUUGUCAACAAAUCUUGUUAUGAAGAUGGUUGGCUGAUCAAGAUGACACUCAGUAACCUUUCAGAACUAGAUGAACUAAUGAGUGAAGAAGCAUAUGAGAAAUACAUAAAAUCUAUUGAGGAGUGA